GUAGAGAGGUGCACGGGAGGGACUACUUCCGACGGAACGGGAACUUGUCGUGUUGUGUGACCAGCGAGACUGCGAACUUUUUACGCAGCGCCGUGGAAAGUCUGAAGAAAGGCUUUCGCAUGUACCCGGCCUUUCCUUUUCUGCCACGUUAACCGUAAUUUCUUUCUGAAAUAAAAUGGAGACGAUUUUGGAACAACAGCGGCGCUACCAUGAAGAAAAAGAAAGACUAAUGGACGCAAAAACAAAGGAAAUGCUCCACAAGAAAACGACGCUACGUGACCAAAUAAACUCAGAUCAUCGGACACGAGCAAUGCUGGAUAGGUACAUGGAAGUGAGUGGGAAUGUGAGAGAUUCGUAUGAGGACAAAGACGGCAUGAGGAAGGACGAGCUGAACGCCAUCUCGGGACCAAACGAAUUCGCCGAAUUCUACAACCGGCUCAAGCAGAUCAAGGAGUUUCACCGGAAGCACCCUAACGAGAUCUGUGUGCCCAUGUCCGUGGAGUUUGAGGAGCUGAUGAAGGCCAGGGAAAACCCCAGUGAGGAGGCGCAGAACCUGGUUGAGUUCACGGACGAGGAGGGCUACGGCCGCUACCUGGACCUGCACGACUGCUACCUGAAGUUCAUCAACCUGAAGGGAGCUGAGAAACUGGAGUACAUCACCUACCUGUCCACCUUCGACCAGCUGUUCGACAUCUCCAAGGACAGGAAGAACGCCGAGUACAAGAGGUAUCUGGAGAUCCUUCUGGAGUACCUGCAGGACUACACAGACAGGGUGAAGCCUCUCCUGGACCAGAACGAGCUGUACGGAAAGAUCCUGGGCGAGUUUGAGAAGAAGUGGGAGAACGGCACCUUCCCUGGCUGGCCCAAAGAGACCAGCAGCGCUCUGACCCACGCAGGAGCUCACCUGGACCUCUCCGCCUUCUCCUCCUGGGAGGAGCUGGCGUCUCUGGGUCUGGACAGGUUAAAGUCUGCCCUCAUGGCUUUGGGCCUGAAGUGUGGUGGGACUCUGGAGGAGCGAGCCCAGAGGCUCUUCAGCACCAAGGGGAAGUCCCUGGAAUCCCUGGACCCCUCACUCUUCGCCAAGAACCCCAAAUCCAAAGGGCCGAGGAAGGACACAGAGCGCAACAAGGAAAUGGCCUUCCUGGAAGCUCAGAUAUACGAGUACGUGGAGAUCCUGGGGGAGCAGAGGCAGCUGACCCAUGAGAACGUGCAGAGGAAGCAGGCUCGUACGGGCGAGGAGCGGGAGGAGGAAGAGGAGGAGCAGCUCAGCGAGAGCGAGAGUGAGGAUGAAGAUAACGAGAUCAUCUACAACCCCAAGAACCUUCCGCUGGGCUGGGACGGCAAGCCCAUCCCCUACUGGCUGUACAAACUCCACGGCCUCAACAUCAACUACAACUGUGAGAUCUGUGGGAACUACACCUACAGAGGGCCCAAAGCCUUCCAGCGUCACUUCGCUGAGUGGCGACACGCCCAUGGCAUGCGUUGCCUAGGGAUACCAAACACCGCCCACUUCGCCAACGUCACACAGAUCGAGGACGCAGUGUCCCUUUGGGCGAAGCUGAAGUCACAGAAGGCAUCGGAGAGGUGGCAGCCGGACACAGAGGAAGAGUACGAAGACUCCAGCGGGAAUGUGGUCAACAAGAAGACGUACGAAGAUCUGAAACGCCAGGGUCUGCUGUGAAGAAGCAGCGAGAUCCGAAAACACGGAGGCGGCCGGACGGAGAUCGUGGCUGCUCUUUUUGUAUUUUUAUUUUUUAUUUUUAUUUUUUCCCCUGACUGUGAUAGCCCAGCUGGAACCGUUUGAUUCUAUUAUGGUUGUUUAAACCCCUAAAUUCACUCGCCGAUUUUGUAUGAUGUCUUUAUUGUUCAUUUUGUCUGAUAAAAAUGUGGUUUGUUAUGACCAGAUUCAAUAAAAUAGAAUUUGUCUGUU